UAAAUUUAAUUAUUAUCGUAUCUUAAUAAUUUAUACUGCUUGCUAACCUUUUUUAAAAGGGGUAACAGCUCUUCCUAAGAUAUUUAAAAUGCCAUAAUAAAUACAUUGUAAACAACACACAGAAAUAUUAUAAACCAAAAUGAAAGCAUUGCUAUUUACCUGAGGAAAAUGUUUUAUGGCACUUUUCCUGUGAAAAUGAAGAGUUGUUAUCUCUUUAAGCAAAGACAUCUACAAGAUAGAUCUACAAGAUCAUAUAAAGCAAAGGGGCUGCAAAUGCACAGUAUGACUAAGUGUCAUGGCAAUGAAGACGAAUGAAGUAAUAUACAUACAUGAACUUCCUAUAUCACAUCAUAGAGGACUGACUCAUACAACAUCUGGGUCAGUUACUGUAAGGGAUUUUGUAUUACACAGAGUCAUCUGCUUGUCUAUAAGAUACAUCUGAUUGUCUACCAGUUCGACUGCCAUGAAAUUAAGCACUUCCAAAAAAUAAACCAAAAAUGGACUUCUGCAUGUGUGAGGAAAAAGUAGUCUUUGCAAAGAACCUCUCACCAGAGUCAACCAACAGGAACCUUAGGAAGACACAUCCAGUAUGUCCGACAUGUCAGACAUAAUGGAAAGAACGCCCAAACGCCCAAAGCGUAUUAUCACAGAAGUCACCGAAUCCUGCAGCACCAACAGUACAGAGAUAACCGAGACUUACAGGUCGCCUCGACCGGCAAGAGGGGAUGGUGAAUCAAGUAGCCGCUACUGGAGGGAAGGGUGGGCAGGGUUUGACCGCAUGAGUCGAUGGCAGUAUCCGGCCAGUGUGACCAGUAGCUCUGGGAUUAACAUGUCAUCGUCCCCUGAGGCCCAGCUGCUAGACUUGGACUAUGACUUAGUGAGACAGCUUCAGACGCCAGAUCAGAUAGCCAGUAUGGCCUCAUCUUAUGUCAACCAGCAGGUUCUCCUGCAUAGUCACUGCCGCCUGACCACUCAAGAAAUGGACCAGAUUGUGAGAGUCAUGCAGGAUGUGGCCAUUCUUGACCGGGAUAUCCUGCUGAAGUUUAUAGUAGAGUAUAACAAGUGUCUAAAUCAGUAUGCCUCCACCACUGCCUUGCAUGGCCCAGUGAUUAAACUGCUCCUGGAUGUGCUGCUGGUCUCUUUGGACCCUGUGGAAAAUGUAAUUGUUUGUCUUCAGCUGCUUAGCAUAUUUGGUCAAUUUACUCAAAACCUGACUGUCAUGAUUGAGUGUCAAGUGGCGGCCACAGUUAUGGGUGUCAUGGCGGUCCACAGCCGUCACGCGCUGGUUCAGCAUCAUGGCUGCACCAUAUUGGCAUACAUUGCCACAUAUCAACAACUGCCAAAUAAAAAGCCAGCUGUUGGGGAGAGUGGAGCAGAGUUACUGUUACGAGCCAUCAACGGACACAAGAGUAACCUGGAUGUAGUGCGGCCAGCAAUUAAAGCGCUGUCAAAUGUCACCUCUAAUUUGACAUCGGUGACGACAUCUUCACCCGCACAGGUGCUGGGCAAGGAAGGUACAUGGCAAGAACACACAGCAGAAUCGGAGGGUCUGGAAUCCUGCAGUGGCCAUCUUGUCAUUGACUACAUCCAGUCCUUUGUGCUUCCCGUGGUUGAGGAGAUGAUGCUCAGGCACUGCUACGACCCUGUAGUACUAGGAGAGGGCAACAAGAUGAGGACAGCUCUUAAGAGCAACAGUUCCUCUAAUUCAGAAGAAGAUGGCAAUUAUGGUGGUGACGGUGUUAAUGAUGAUUCAAAGAAAUGGACAUUUUUCAAAUGGAAAUCGAAGUCGGAUGUCAAAUCAUCACCCUCAUCCAACAGCGGCCGUAUUCGUAUCAAACCACCUGUGUCACCACCAAAAGGAACAUCAACGCCAUCUAGUGUCCGUAAAGAACAGUCAGACAGUGUCAAAAAGCAAGAGCCAGAUACUUGGCGAGAUGAUUUUGAACUUAGAGAUCUCACCACAACACCCCCUAGAGAAGGCAAGAAACCUACUCUUGCCCGUUUGAAUUCACAGAACAGAGCAUGUGAGAAUAAUAAUGCUUCUUUUCAAGAAUGUGGACAGUCGAGUGUUUGUUUACAGCCAGGCACCUGUUAUUUCAGCCCCACGGUCCAGUCUCCUCAAUCAUCAGUGUAUACGGUCUCGUUCAAAGGAGCCUCUGAUUUCACUGCUGCAGCCCCCUAUGCAGUUUUGAAUGAAUCUGUCCUAUCAGAGGAUAGUCUGCCUCCCCCCAAGUUUAAGUUUAAAAAGAAGAAAUCUGGCCCAGUUAGUGGUUGUAUUAAGUGCUUGUCUUUUUUUCCACCAAUCAGAUGGUGUUUGUGUAGCUCAGUCGUACGUUAAACUUGUGAUGUGGUCCAUGUUUUGCUAAAAGCAGUUCUUCGUCUUGUGAGCAGUUAUAAAUAGAACAUUGGAAUGAUGUGAGAACAUUUUUUGUGUUCCAUGGGCUAUGUUAGUUUUCACCAUUAACAUAAUUUCUGCGUAUUUAUUUAUUUAUUUAUUUAUUUAUUUAAGAAGGGAUUAAUUGGUUGAUUUUUCUG